AACUUGUUGAGAAAGGUGUGAGUAUCAGCUCCACCUCCUCUCUUUUCUGGGCCUUUUCCCCUUUAAGCUCAGGGAGAUGGUACUGUUACUUCUUUAUACAUAUCUAUUUGUAUAACGCUGGCAUCCCAGAAACUGCUGGAGAAGCCAGGACCAUACUGUGCCAUGCAGAAUAGAAAUAUAGAACAGCUUGACUGGGGAUUGGGCCCUAAGAAAAGUGCAAAGAUGUGUAGAGAACAUCGAUCUGCUGUGAAGGGAAUCAGAUGUAGUUUCAGCCUUGUAAUUCACAACAUCUAAGGAAAACUGUGCUUAUCAUAACCCCCAGGUCUUGUCACAGGAAAGGACCAUGAGGGGCUAAAGCCUGCCUGGCUCUGAUCCUUGCUGUUUGCUGUACCAAGUUCUCCCUCUGGGAGGUUUGAUACAGAACUGAGCAAAUGACGUUUCUUCUGCCUGUUUGUAUGUUUUGGCUGCUAUUGCUCUUCCCUGAAUCUGCUUCCAUGAAUCAUGGAUAAGCCUGCUGGCCUUAUCUGUUUGUGACAGUUCAGGGCCGGUUGCAGAUUCUGAAACUCAGGAAAAAGGAAAACAGAAAAUGAAGCCAAAGAGCCGAGCAGAAGUGUCACAGAGAUGUGACAGAGGUGCAGUGCGGACACGGAAGGGACCUCCCUUCUUCAGAGUCAUUUGUGUAGUGCAAACGAUAGCUUCCUACAAUACACUGCAGCGGGAAGCCAGUCUUUGGAAAAGAAGCUUAAACGAUUCUGCCAAAAACUUUGCAACAAAGUCUUCCAAGUUUCCGAAAUACGAUGGAAAAUAUCCUUCGGGGUCAGCAAGUUGAACUGCAAGCCCUUCCCAGGACUGUAACCAGAAACACAGAAAGAGGGAUCUGUUCCAACAGAGGCUGCUGGGACCAGAAGCAGCAGGGGAGGACACCACUGCAAACAGCCUUCACUCCACGCAGGGCACUGUCCGUGCAUGGGUGGGAGCAGUGCUGCUAUGGCCCCGGAGCAGGUCAAUGCCUGGCUGAUCCUGUGCGUGUUUGCUGGAUCCCAGAGGCUCACAGAUGAACAUCCUUACAGCAGGGAUGGUGCCGGCGCCAACACUCCCCAUCGCAGCCCAGAGGAUGCUGACAUCGUGUUAGAGAUGCUGUGGGGAGGGCUGGAUGUUCAGGCCAACAGCACAGUCCGGCUGCGGGAUGAAGAGCUGGCCUCCCUGCGCCCGGCACGGUGGUUCAUGCACGUUUUAGAGGAGGAAGUUCCCAAAACACCAGCAGAGAUUGAGCAGCACCUGAGCUACUAUUCACUGACUGAUACCCCCUUGCCUCCAGUGGGGUUUGACCGCCUGCUUUUCACCAGUGUUUACUGUGCCUAUCAGGUUCGCUCCACGCAGGGUCUGGAUAAAAAUCUCUGGAUUGGUUUUUUCUCCCAACUGGUGGAUGAAAUCUUUCGUGACCUCUGCAAGGGGCUCUGCCCUGCAAACACCACCCUGCUCCUGGCUUCCUGGCCCUGGAAGGAGAAGCCUUCUCAUUUAGCAUCCCUGAAACAUCUCUACCGCUCUAACCUGGCCAGGACCAAGAGAGACACUUAAUAAAGGAAACUACCAUAGGAAAGGACACACCUGACUUCAGCUGCAUCCUUGGUUAUGUUGGUUUCCACAUUAUUCAGGACUUUGUGCAAAUACACCACACCUUUUUGCCCUGCUCUCUGCGAUGCACUGCCAACUCUGUAAGGAUUUCUGCACAAGCUUUUAAGUUAAAUAGGACAAAACCAUAAAGUGCAUUUCACUCUCUCCUUAUAAAGUGCAUUUCACUCUC